ACAGUAUCGAAUCUUGCAUAUUGUCGCUCGCGUUUGAAUCGUGAACAGAGCUUGCCUGUUCGGGCAGUCCUGCUCUGGCAGCGGUGACGUCAUCGAGCGCUGGGUUGAGCAGGAGCGAGAGAGCGCUGCGGCGGAGUUCCUAGGGCCUGCGAACGAAGAACCGGGAGGACAUCGAAAAGAAGCACGCUAAACGGGAUUUCCAUCGCUCUCUUUUGCAUGCAUCCACUCCGAAGCUGAUCGGGAUAAAGCCCGUCUCUGUCUGCAUCCACUCUUUUCACCCGAACUGUCCAGUGUCAACCUGUAAAGAAGGACUCCAUGAAAGAUGUCAGAGGAGGCAAUUGUUGUUGCCAAGUGGGACUAUAUGGCACAGCAAGACCAGGAACUUGACAUUAGGAAAAAUGAGCGAUUGUGGCUCCUGGAUGACUCGAAAACAUGGUGGCGAGUACGAAAUGCUUCCAACAGAACGGGCUAUGUUCCCUCCAACUAUGUCGAACGCAAGAACAGUCUGAAGAAAGGCUCUCUGGUGAAAAAUCUCAAAGAUACUCUUGGACUUGGAAAAAAUAAACGCAAGACAAGUACACAGGAAGCCUCUCCCACACUAAGCACAGAUGAGUACUCAUCUAAUGGAGGCGGGGCUGAACGAAUUUAUGAACUGAACUCCCCGGCAGUGGUGAAGUUUUCCUAUAAAGCAGAACGGGAAGAUGAACUCAGCCUGGUGAAGGGCACCCAGCUGAUGGUGAUGGAGAAAUGCAGUGAUGGCUGGUGGAGGGGCAGCUAUAACGGUCUGGUUGGCUGGUUUCCUUCCAAUUACAUCCAGGAGGAGGAGGUCGAGGAAAACUUGUCCGACUUCCCUGUUCUUUCCUUGCGGCCAGGCCUCAGUAAUGGCCAGGAUCUCAGAGUCCUUCACACUGUUCAGACACUCUACCCCUUUAGUUCUGUCACAGAUGAGGAGCUGAACUUCGAGAAGGGUGAGACAAUGGAGGUGCUGGAGAAGCCAGAGAAUGACCCAGAAUGGUGGAGGUGUAAGAAUUGCCAUGGGCAGGUGGGUUUGGUCCCAAAGAACUAUGUGGUUGUACUCCACGAUGGUCCGUCAUCGACUGGCUUAGGCUUCCACUCCCAGCAGAACAGCUACACAGGGCCCUCCCACACAGGGAUGUUUGCUGGAAAGGACUGGUACUAUGGCAGUGUGACACGGCACCAGGCUGAGUGCGCUCUGAAUGAAAGAGGGGUGGAGGGAGACUUCCUUGUGCGAGACAGCGAGUCCUCUCCGAGUGACUUCUCUGUGUCUCUGAAAGCUGUUGGGAAGAACAAGCACUUCAAAGUGCAGUUGUCAAAUGAAGUUUACUGUAUCGGUCAGCGCCGUUUCAAUGCUAUGGAAGAUCUGUUAGAGCACUACAAGAAAGCUCCUAUCUUCACUAGCGAACAUGGAGAAAAGCUUUACCUUGUCAAACCCCUCCAGUGACCUUCACACAAAUGAGCCUUAGGACCAGACCUGACUGGACCAGACCAGAUCUGACCUCACAAUGAGCCGAGUAAUAUUUACAACUACUUAACGGUCAUUUCUUACCAGCAACCAGAGUUGUUGUUGUUUUUUUUUUAGAAGAGACUUAACGAGUACCAACCCAAACAGUGGGGUUCAUUUCAGGAUUUAACAUUUCUGUGCUGAUUAAAAGUGAUGGUGCGAUGUGUCCUUUUUCACAAAGUAUCUUUUCUGUCCCUGCAUCUCCAUACUACUUAUUCUUCAGUAAAAAGGUUUGCGAAAAUGAAUAUGGCCUAUUCCAAACGAUAAUUUUGGCACUUGCCCAUUGCCUUGGUAUACAGCUCAUUUUCUGUUCACACUUAACCAUAAAGAUGCAAGGAAGCCAGCAUAAAUAUUGGACAGAGACUUGCAGUCUCCAUCUGCAAAAAUUAUUUCAGUAGCACAAUCCUCAAAUCAUCCCGAAGCAAGUGCUGGUCCUUAAACAAGACUACAGACACAGAGGAAUUACUGUAUGUACAUAGGAGUUGCCAAAGAAAAAGUUGGUGACAGACAGAUUGGUACUAGUGGCCCCCUGGUGGAUGAACUGGUAAAUGCCAACAGGAGAGACUUGAUGAGAUAAAUGUUUUGUAUAUGCUUAACCAAAUGUGCCAUCCUCACAUUCAAGCACUGCUCAUCUGAUAUAUAAGAGAACUAUAAUUACCUCAUUCAGAUUCACUGUCUCUGUCAACAUCAAAUUGAUGACAUAGACCUCCAUAUUAUAACAAACACUUUUCGAUUUUCAGUUUCAAAAUGGCACCUUUCUAAGACAAUGGUUUUGUCAAUUUGCAAGUAAGUCUAUUCUAUCCUUUAUAUCAAAGUUUGAUAUCUUUGAAUGUUACUGAGCAUUGUAAUUUAAAAACAUGUUUAUUUAACAGAGAGUAAAGUGCAACAGUGAUGGAAAUUUUAGUGAGCUCCACAUCCUUGAUAG